CUGAUGUCUCUGGGCUCUAAAAACACUGAAAAAGGGAAAUUUGUUUAUGGUUUCUGUGAUCAUUUAUAGACCCAUUUGGUUUUGGUCCGCCAUGAGAGGAUCCUCCCAUCACGCGAGCUAUCUGAUCAAGAUCUUCAUCGUUAUUACAGCUUCAGCCGGAGCACUCCUCCCAUGUCUUGUCCGUUCAGCAAUUGUCGAAGAUGAUGUCAAGUGUCUGAAGGGAUUGAAUAACUCGCUCAGUGACCCAGAAGGAAAGCUGAGCUCAUGGAAUUUCUCGAACUCGACGGUCGGUUUUAUCUGCCAUUUUGUGGGAGUAAGCUGCUGGAACGAACAGGAGAAUCGGAUAUACAACCUUGAACUUCGAGAUAUGCAGCUGUCGGGACAGGUUCCCGAUUCCUUAAAGUAUUGUCGGAGUUUGCAGACGUUGGAUCUCUCCGGCAACAACCUAUCCGGUCUGAUCCCGGCAGAUAUAUGUUCCUGGGUGCCUUAUUUGGUAGUUCUCGACCUAUCAAACAAUGAAUUUUGGGGUCCGAUUCCGCCUGGCCUUAGCAACUGUACUUACUUGAAUAAGUUGAUUCUGUCAAACAAUCGUCUUUACGGGCAAAUUCCGUACCAAUUAUCCAGUUUGGGGAGGUUGAAGACGUUUUCUGUGGCGAAUAACAAGCUGACGGGGACUAUUCCGCCGUUUCUUGAUAAGUAUGAGGCGGCGGAUUUUGAAGGUAACGAUGGACUCUGUGGCUUGCCGCUUGGGAAGUGCGGUGGGUUGAGCAAGAAGAAUCUGGCGAUUAUAAUUGCGGCCGGGGUGUUCGGUGCAGCGGCGUCGUUGUUGUUAGCAUUUGGGGUUUGGUGGUAUUACCAUCUGCGGGAGCUGAGGCGGCGGAAGAGAGGGUAUGCGGUUGGAAGAGGCGAUGAUAGGGGCUGGGUGGAGAGGUUGAGCGCUCACAAGCUGACCCAAGUUUCCCUUUUUCAGAAACCUCUCGUGAAAGUAAAGUUGACGGAUUUGAUGGCGGCGACGAACAAUUUCAGUGCGGAGAACAUUCUAAUCUCGACGAGAACAGGGACGACGUACAAGGCGGCGCUUCCUGAUGGUUCAGCUCUGGCGAUCAAAAGGCUGAAAAAUUGCAGGCUCGGGGAGAAGCAGUUCCGGUGGGAGAUGAACCAAUUGGGGCAGCUCCGUCACCCCAAUUUGGCACCCCUUUUAGGGUUUUGUCUUGUGGAGGAUGAAAAACUCCUUGUUUACAAGAACAUGGCUAAUGGGACAUUGUAUUCUCUUCUACAUGGAAGUGGUGAGAAAUUGGAUUGGCCAACAAGGUUUUCAAUUGGUCUGGGUGCAGCCAGGGGUUUAGCUUGGCUGCACCACGGCAGCCAGCCCCCUCUCCUGCACCAGAACAUCUGUUCCAAUCUGAUUCUGGUCGAUGAGGAUUUUGAUGCCAAGAUAAUGGAUUUUGGAUUGGCCAGACUCAUGCUUCCCUCAGAUCCUGAUGAGAGCAGUUAUGUGAAUGGAGAAUUGGGUGAAUUUGGGUAUAUAGCCCCAGAGUACUCGAGCACAAUGGUUGCUUCACUCAAAGGAGAUGCAUAUGGAUUAGGGGUGGUGCUUCUGGAAUUGGUAACAGGGCAAAAACCGCUGGAAGUUGAAACUUCUGAAGAAGGAUUUAAGGGUAAUUUAGUGCAUUGGGUGAAUCAUCUUUCUGGUUCCAAUAGAAUCAAGGAUGCAAUCGACAAGGCUAUUUCUGGGAAGGGGCAUGAUGAGGAUAUUUUGCAGUUCCUCAAAAUUGCAUUGAGUUGUGUUGUUUCCCGGCCAAAAGACAGAUGGUCCAUGUUCCAGGUUUACCAGUCAUUGAAAAACAUGGUUGCAGACCAUGGUCCCUUAGACGAGUUGGAUGAAUUCCCACUGAUUUUCGGCACACAGGGCACUGAAUCAACGUAAGUUUUCCAAGCAAAACAACAGGAGAAGCCAGCAAAAGGGUAACAUUUUCAUACUGAAUUAGUUGAUUUGAUCCCAAACAUCUUUUUGAUGUAUAUGGUCUGUGAAUCUCCAUUCUCUAGCUGCCUUUCCUCAUUUGGUUAUACAUAGCUGUACUAUACAAUAAAAAAGUUAAAAUCUGAAGGUUCUUGAACUUCUAAGAGAUCUGUUUCCUUCCCCUUUGUUUGACGUUGAAUUGCAAAUGAUCAAUGCUCAAAGAUUAGCAUUCCCAGUAUGUUCCUGAUGUAAGCCCUCUAGAAUAUCAUAUCAAAGAUCCCAGAUGCAGAUGUUCAUUUUUGACAUAAGGUUUUGGGAAUCUAUAACAUUACUACUAUAAUGAAUUUCUGUAAUUCAUAACCAUUUUUCAAUGGAUAACAUGCAACUGUAUCCUG